AUGUCCACUUCAACUUCAAACUCAACCUCAAACUCGAACUCGAACUCGACCGACUUCAAGCCCAACUGGGCCUCGGAGGAUGGGAGCUUUAAACGUCAGGUCAGCUCUUUCAGGGAUUCUAUCGAGAAGGGCGGCAAGUUUGAGCCCGAGAAAGGACGAUACCACCUUUACGUUUGUAACGCUUGUCCCUGGGCUCAUCGAACCCUGAUCGUCCGCAAGCUCAAGGGUCUCGAAGACUUUUUCGACGUCUCCUACGUCCACCCCCACAUGCUAGAGAACGGUUGGAAAUUCGCUAUCCCCGGCGGCAAAGUCCCCUCAGAAGAUUUCCCUCAAGCGACCGAGGACAAGCUUUUUGGGAGCAAGUACAUGAAGGAGAUCUAUUUCAAGGCUGAUCCUGAGUACAACGCUCGGUACACCGUCCCCGUCAUCUGGGAUACCAAGCACAACACCAUCGUCAGCAACGAGUCUAGCGAGAUUAUCAGGUUCUUGAACACCGCUUUCAACGACCAACUCCCCAAGGAAAAGGCCGAGCUCGAUCUUUAUCCGGACGAGCUCAAGAAGGAGAUCGACGACUUGAACGAGUGGGUCUACCCUUCUAUCAACAACGGAGUCUACAGAUCCGGAUUCGCUACCACCCAAAAAGCCUACGAAGAAGCCGUCACCGAACUAUUCGGCGCUCUGGACCGGGUCGAAGGGAUCUUGAAGGACGGUCGAGAAUACCUCAUCGGGGGGAAGUUGACCGAGGCGGAUGUCAGGCUUUACACCACUAUCGUGAGGUUCGAUAUUGUCUACCACGGACACUUCAAGUGUAAUCUCGGGUCUAUCCGUCACGACUAUCCCGCUCUCAACCGUUGGUUGAAGAACCUCUACUGGAACAACGCCGCCUUCAAGGACACUACCGAUUUCGAGACGAGCAAGGAGCACUAUUACUUUUCUCACAAACAGAUCAACGGGUCGCAGGUGGUUCCUAUCGGUCCGAAAUACCCCGUUGAGCCUUUGUAG